AUGCACGACGUGCUGCUGUCGGCCUUGUCGGGGCCCAGCAUCAUCUUGCCGCGGAUGGGCGGAGGUCUCGUGGACAUGAGCGGCUACCGCAGCAGUAUCUGGAGCACUUUGACGGCUAGAAAUAGGCGAGUACGGAGACGAAGAGACUAUUGGAGUGCCAGUUUGAAUACACUUAGCACUGCUUGCGCCUCAGCUUCCAGCAGCAAUGCGGGAGGCUGGGAUGCAACUGCUGAAGUCAGUACAAGUUUCAGUGGCGACGCUAACUACUGUUGUGCGGGUCAAAACGGUGGAAACCCAGGUGGUGGUGGCGCUACUGAUAGUGCAAACAGCAGCGAUAGGAAUGACCGACCAUUUACAGCGACAAGACUUGAGUCAUACGAUGACCGUGUUGAAGCAGCAAACCGACGGCCUUACUCACCUGACAACGCCACACGUUUUCCAGAAGAGAAAACACUACACCGGGAUCCGCGGACGAAAGGAAAGUUUGGCAUCGCUGGCAACCCAUGUCCCUUAUGGCACGCAGUAGUCGGUUCCAAUCGUACUCUGUAG